UAUAAAGCUAUCACAGUACUAGUAUUAAAGUAUAGAAUAUUUCAAAAGUUUAUUCUUAAUUUCAAUAAGCUAUUCAUACCUAAAUAUUAUAAUAUAUUUCUAGUAAACUUAGAUAUUAAGAAGAAGCUUUUAAUAAGCUUUUACCUAGAAAUACAUAAAUAG